UCCUCCUGAAAGGAAAGAUAGAGGAGGAGGGGUGGGUGGAAAAAAAAAAUAUCGUUGGGAUCUUGGUAGAUCUUCCCGAAGAUGUCAUCUCAGCAAAGUUCAAGAAAGACAAAGAGAUCAUAGCAGAAUAUGAAACUCAAGUAAAAGAAAUUCGUACCCAGUUGGUGGAACAGUUCAAAUGCCUAGAACAGCAGUCUGAAUCCCGAUUGCAGCUCCUGCAGGACCUCCAGGAGUUCUUCCGCAGAAAGGCUGAGAUUGAACUGGAGUACUCUAGGAACUUAGAAAAACUUGCAGAAAGAUUUUCUUCCAAGAUUCGCAGCUCCAGGGAACACCAUCAGUUCAAGAAGGAUCAGCACCUUCUUUCUCCCGUGAACUGCUGGUAUCUGGUACUGACCCAAACUCGGAGAGAAAGCAGAGACCAUGCUACCCUGAAUGACAUCUUCAUGAACAAUGUCAUUGUCAGACUCUCCCAGAUCAGUGAGGAUGUCAUCCGGCUAUUUAAAAAGAGUAAGGAAAUUGGACUUCAGAUGCAUGAAGAACUCCUGAAGGUGACCAAUGAACUCUACACUGUGAUGAAAACAUAUCAUAUGUACCAUGCUGAAAGCAUCAGUGCCGAAAGCAAACUGAAGGAAGCCGAGAAGCAAGAAGAGAAACAGUUCAACAAAGCAGGGGACAUCAGCGUGAACCUGUUGCGGCAUGAAGAUAGGCCCCAGCGCCGCAGCUCUGUCAAGAAGAUUGAGAAGAUGAAGGAAAAGAGGCAAGCAAAAUACUCAGAAAAUAAGCUGAAGUGCACUAAAGCUAGGAACGAUUAUCUGCUGAACCUGGCAGCAACAAAUGCAGCAGUCAGUAAAUACUACAUCCAUGAUGUCUCAGACCUGAUUGAUUGCUGUGACUUGGGAUUCCAUGCCAGCCUGGCACGGACAUUCAGAACAUAUCUUUCUGCUGAAUACAAUCUAGAAACCUCACGUCAUGAGGGCCUGGACAUCAUUGAGAAUGCUGUAGACAACCUGGAUGCACGGAGUGACAAGCAUACAGUCAUGGAUAUGUGCAACCAAGUCUUCUGUCCUCCACUAAAGUUUGAAUACCAGCCUCAUAUGGGGGAUGAGGUAUGUCAAGUGAGCGCCCAGCAGCCAGUUCAGACAGAGUUGCUUAUGCGAUAUCACCAGCUGCAGUCUAGACUUGCCACACUCAAAAUAGAAAACGAAGAGGUGCGAAAAACAUUGGAUGCUACUAUGCAGACAUUGCAAGACAUGCUGACAGUGGAAGAUUUUGAUGUCUCAGAUGCCUUCCAGCAUAGUCGCUCCACUGAGUCGGUCAAAUCAGCUGCUUCAGAGACUUACAUGAGUAAAAUAAACAUUGCCAAGAGGAGAGCCAACCAACAAGAAACUGAAAUGUUCUAUUUUACUAAAUUUAAAGAGUAUUUGAAUGGCAGCAACCUUAUUACCAAGCUGCAGGCUAAACAUGACUUACUGAAGCAGACUCUGGGAGAAGGUGAAAGAGCUGAAUGCGGUACAACCAGAGGAAGAAGGAAUGCUCGAACCAGAAACCAGGAUUCAGGACAGGCUAUUCCACUUGUGGUCGAAAGUUGCAUUCGGUACAUCAACUUAUAUGGUCUACAACAACAGGGUAUUUUUAGAGUUCCUGGGUCUCAGGUUGAAGUCAAUGAUAUCAAGAACUCAUUUGAGAGAGGUGAAGAUCCCCUUGCUGAUGAUCAAAAUGAACGUGACAUUAAUUCUGUUGCUGGGGUCUUAAAGCUGUAUUUCCGAGGACUGGAAAAUCCACUCUUUCCUAAGGAAAGAUUUCAAGACUUGAUCUCUACUAUAAAAAUUGAAAGCCUUGCAGAAAGAGUGCACCAGAUCCAGCAAAUCGUUAUUACCUUGCCACGGGCCGUCAUCAUUGUCAUGAGAUAUCUCUUUGCUUUCCUCAACCACUUGUCACAGUACAGUGAUGAGAACAUGAUGGAUCCUUACAACCUGGCCAUCUGCUUUGGACCAACUUUGAUGCAUAUUCCAGAUGGGCAGGAUCCAGUGUCCUGCCAGGCUCAUGUCAACGAGGUCAUCAAAACUAUCAUAAUCAAUCAUGAAGCCAUCUUCCCUAGCCUCAGGGAGCUGGAAGGACCCGUUUAUGAAAAAUGCAUGACAGGUGGUGAAGAGUACUGUGACAGCCCGCACAGUGAGCCAGGCACCAUUGAUGAAGCAGACCAUGACAAUGGCACGGAGCCACACACCAGCGACGAUGAGGUGGAACAGAUUGAAGCUAUUGCCAAGUUUGACUACAUUGGGCGGUCCCCACGCGAGUUGUCUUUCAAGAAAGGUGCCUCACUUCUUUUGUACCAUCGAGCAUCUGAAGACUGGUGGGAAGGUCGCCAUAAUGGUGUGGAUGGCCUCAUACCACAUCAGUACAUAGUGGUGCAAGAUAUGGACGAUGCAUUCUCAGACAGCCUGAGUCAGAAGGCAGACAGCGAGGCAAGUAGUGGACCUCUGCUGGAUGAUAAAGCCUCAUCAAAGAAUGACAUCCAGUCUCCAACAGACCAUAUUCCAGACUACGGAUUUGGGGGAGUAAUGGGACGGGUAAGGUUGAGAUCUGACGGGGCAGCAAUCCCUCGCCGUCGCAGUGGAGGCGAUACACACAGCCCUCCCAGAGGGAUUGGUCCUGGGAUAGACACCCCUCCUCGAGCAGCAGCUUGUCCCAGCAGUCCCCACAUAUUACCACUGAACAGAGGCAGGAUUGAGAGCCCAGAGAAGCGCAGGAUGGCCACUUUUGGUAGUGCUGGCAGCAUCAAUUAUCCAGACAGGAAGGCCUUGAUUGACGGCCACCCACUGAGGCCCACCUGCAGCUCAACUCGGCACAGUAGUCUCGGGGAUCAGAAGUCACUAGAAGCUGAAGCACUUGCAGAGGACAUUGAGAAGACAAUGAGCACAGCAUUGAAUGAGCUGCGUGAGCUUGAAAGGCAAAAUACUGUGAAACAAGCCCCUGACGUUGUCCUGGACACCCUUGAACCAAUGAAGAACCCUCAGAUAGGUUCUGUCAACUCUGAACCUGCCAGCCCCCUUCACACCAUCAUGAUCAGAGAUCCUGAUGCUGCCAUGAGGCGUAGCAGCAGCUCAACCACGGAGAUGAUGACUACUUUUAAGCCUGCCCUCUCAGCCCGGCUUGCUGGAGCUCAGCUUAGGCCCCCACCCAUGAGACCCAUCCGGCCAGUUGUCCAGCAUCGAUCAAGUAGCAGUAGUAGCUCAGGAAUGGGUAGUCCUGCAGUGACACCCACAGAGAAGAUCUUCCCAAAUAGCUCCUCAGAUAAAUCUGGCACCAUGUAGCUAGCACCAUCCCGAGGGAAUCUCUGGUGGAAAAAUGGGUAACCAUCCUGAUUUUCAUUUCCUGUAUGAUUGUACAAAAUGAUGUCAUUUACUGAAGGGAAAAGGCAGCGAAAAUGACUCUUGGAAAAACAAUGGCACUGAGGACAGUAGAUGUGGCUUAAGGAUUUCAUGAUAUUUUACACACAUACUCAUCAAGAUUGCUGGAAAUAUUUGGUGUAGCCAAAUAAGAUGGCUAUUUUAUGUAUUACCACUGGAACAUUCUGGUCUGUGUAGAAGUAUAUAUAUGACACUGUCCAUAGCCCAGUAACAUUUUAGUAGAUUUACCUCAGAAACUCACCCCUAGACUUCUGCUGGAGAGCGAUUUUGUGUGUGUGAGUGAGUGUGCGUGUGUGGAUUACACAGCAACCGUGCAUUAAGCAAUAGAAGAUUGGUCAGUCCUUGAGUUGAAUAUUCACACUGGCUUGGCUUGGCGUUAGAGUUGCAGCAAGCAAAAGGAAACACCAUGGGGCUCAGCUGUUGUCCUGCAAAUACAGAAGUGCAUCUGAUGGUGAUGUUUACCCUGCUAGGUAAAUGGAUGGAUUUUUGUCUUCAAGUUCAUCUCUUCAAGACUGGUUCAUUGAAACAUGGAAGCUUGUGGUCAUUUCCUAGUUGGAAGGAGUAUACCACCUGUGGACACAAAGAAAUUAAAAGUAGUACCUUCCCUUUGCGUGAAGGGGAAACCUAGGAUUUUCUGUACGUACUUCAUGUUGUAGCACAAUGUUAUGUGUGUACAAAAGAAACUCAACUCCUGCUGUCUUGAAGUUUUCAAAACAGAAGAGGACUCUGAAGUAACCUGUGGUUGAUAACAAUAAAUAAAUAGGCUAACUUAUAUAGUGUUUGAAAUAUUUUAUUCCCCCGUCCUAAUGAUUCCUUUGGAUAAAAUCUGGAUUAAAACAGGCAAGGAAGAUUUUGGUAAAAUCACAUUCCCUUUAAAAUGACUCAGCAGCACAAGAGGUUCUUGACUCAAACUGUGUCCCCUUGCAUGAAUAGCAUGAGCCAUAUUUGACCAUGUCAGAUAUAUAACUGAUCUGAUGAGGUGACAAUUUGCACUUUCUGUACUGUACUAUAUAACAAUAUACAGCCGUUUGGAGUUUAUGAAAACAAAGUUAUGUUUCUUUCUAAAAUUUAACCUAGG